CCUCAAAUCCAAUAUGGCCGCCGUGUGACGGCUUCUAGCUUACCUCACGCGUCAAAUUAGAAAUAUUAUUAAUUUGUCGUGUCGUUUUUAUGCCCUAAAGUGAAUUCGCGGAUAGCUAUGUGGUUGCCACUUCACACAGUGUGUCUCAGAAGCCGGACAGGCUGCAGGAGGAGCUUCGUCGCUGCUCUGUUGAAGUGUUCACGGCGCAGAGAUGCUAACAUUUCCCACUUCAGUCAUUCAGCUGGACGCUCUGCAGCAGCAUGCAAGGCACUACUGUACAGAAACCACGGAGACCCUUCACGAGUCGUCCAGUUAGAGGAUGCAGAUGUGCCUCCCGUUGGUGCUAAAGAUGUCCUAGUUAAAGUGCUGGCAGCCCCAAUAAACCCGUCUGAUAUUAACAUGAUUCAAGGUACUUAUGCCAUCCUGCCUGAUCUUCCAGCUGUGGGUGGUAAUGAGGGUGUGGCCCAGGUGAUAGAGGUGGGCAGCCAGGUGAAGUCCCUCAAAGCUGGGGACUGGGUCAUCCCAAGAGAUGCUGGUUUAGGGACAUGGCGGACAGAGGCGGUGCUAGCUGAGGAUGAUGUCAUCUCACUGCCAAAUGACAUUCCGCUGCUGUCUGCUGCCACGCUGGGGGUGAACCCCUGCACUGCCUUUAGGAUGCUGUCUGACUUUGAAGAUCUCAAGCCAGGUGAUUCUGUGAUCCAGAAUGCAGCCAACAGCGGAGUCGGGCAGGCGGUCAUACAGAUUGCUGCUGCAAGAGGCAUUAACACGAUCAACGUUAUCCGAGACAGGCCAGAGUUCACACAGCUCAGUGAUAGGCUGAAGGCCAUGGGAGCCAGUCACGUGAUCAAAGAAGAGGCCCUCAGGCGGCCUGAGAUUAAGGAACUGUUCAAGACGUGUCCAAAGCCUAAACUGGCAUUAAAUGGAGUUGGAGGCAAGAGUGCAACAGAGCUGCUGCGUCAUCUACAGGUUGGAGGAUCUAUGGUGACAUACGGAGGGAUGUCCAAACAGCCAGUUACUGUGCCAGUGAGUGCUCUUAUUUUCAAGGAUGUGAAAGUUCGGGGGUUUUGGGUCACACAGUGGAAAAGAGAUAACUCUCAUGAUGAAAGAAUAUUCAGAACCAUGUUGGAUGAGCUCUGCUCCCUCAUCCAGCAGGGAAAGCUUACCGCUCCAGCCUGCACCGAGGUGGGUCUCCAAGAGUAUGGCAAAGCUCUGGAUACAGCCAUGCAGCCUUUUACUUCAACUAAACAAGUCCUGAUUAUGUGAGCUGUCUUGAUUUCACAUGCUAACACCACACCGUUGUGAUUACAGUGCCGAAACUGAACUGUAACCUCAGGACUGUCACAUUAUUUCUAAAGUGUCAACCAAAUGUACUGCUCAAUCACAUGCUGAGUAAAUGUGUCUUCACACCAGGCUCAAA